UUCAUUCAAAACGUUUAUAUGAAAAGAAAGAAAUUAAAAAAGAAUUUUUAGCUAAAAUGAGCGAUGUUUGGGAGAAUUGUGUAUAUCUAAAAAAUGGACAAGAUUAUCAUAUUGAAGAAAAUUUAAAAGGACAGAGAGAGAUUUGGAUAGAAAAAAUUACAGAGAUUUUUAAAGAAAGUGACGGAAAAAAUAAAAAUAAUAUGAGAAAUCUAUUGACAACACAUCGUUAG